CCUAGAUUCGCAUUUUUCGUCUAUAUUUGUAUCACAAUCCCCUUAAAUUCUCUUUGCGUCUGUGACAAGUUGCUAAACAGUCUGUAUGUCUUCCUUCCGUCGCUACUCUCGUGACCUGUAAUCCGGGUCUCAGAUAGGGGCGUGUAAACCGGGUCACAGAGGAGUCAAAUAUCACUGACACCCUAGAUAAGACGUAAACAGAUAGUUUAUUUGAUAUAUAAUAUUUGCAUCGUGUGCGUUAUCAGUAGAAUAUAUGCGAUGCAUUGUACUGUUUGAUGUGUCUGUUAUUGAGAAUCAGAGAAAUUCUAAACUGAAAUGAAGAUCGUGUUAAUAGGGGUUUUUUUGGCAGCUGCCAUAGUUGUGUCUGGCAUUUACGUGGACCGUGGAAAUCCGUACAAACCAGGCGUUCUGAAAGUAGGACAACUUACGCUAUCGGAAACCGUGGACGGGAGUCCCCUACACACUGUAGCGUUUUUCCCCCUGGAGGUGGGCGACUAUCCCGUCGUAUUCUUCCUUGGCGGCCUGAACACGUAUGUCCUCGCCGAAUUGUACUCUACAGUCCUCUCCGAUAUUGCUUCGCAUGGUUUCUUCGUGUUCGGAGUGGAUUACGAGUUUCCGGUGUAUGGUGAUAAAUUUCAUAAACCAAGCUAUGGAAAACAGGACAUCGAUAAAUUUUUCAAAGAGUUAUCAUGGUUGGAGGGGUAUUUCCAAAAUAGAACGCUAUCCACACCAAACUUUAACUUGACAGGGCUGCUUUGUCAUUCCUCAGGAUGUGACGUCAGUGUAAAAAUGAUCAAAGAAAAGGGGAAGUUAUUCACCUCCACAAUUUUCUUGGAACCAUUCACCAACGAUGUUAAAAUCCCCAUAAAGAACGGCAUGCCUGCACUGAUGUACGGGACGCAACUAUCGGAGGAGGGAGUAAAAUGUUCAAUCCCUGGCUUUGACUACAACAAGCUGUACGACAUAUGGUCCUGUCCCCGUGUUGUCAUGAAUGUAGCAUAUUUUGGUCAUUGCGACAUCCUGGACCCAUUACCAUGGGAAUUGUGCCACAAAACCCACUUCUGUAAGACAACAAACGACACCUUUUUACCUGAAUAUCGUCAGUUCGUGCAAGGUGUGACAUCGGCUUUCUUUAUUUCAACACUACAGGGUUUAACAAAAGACAUUUCUUAUGUGACAACAACAAAUCUUAUUCCUUUACAACUGCUUGAAUUAAAAUCUGAUACUAAAUGUUGAAUUAAGGUAUUAAGAAAUAUGCUGGAGAAAAUGUUAUCAUUUAUUGUUUUCGUGAAUAGAAGACAGACUUGUAAAAGAGUUACUACAUUUUCUUCGCCACUAGUAUUUUCAAUUAGCUUUCGAGAUCAAUGUGGUCCAGGUUGUUUUAAAUACAGAUUUUCAUUAUCCGAAUACCAAUACGCUAAAAGGAGGAGGUGAGAAUAUCUGAUAUUCCGGAACCUCAUUAUCACGACUGAUCUCAGAAAUACAAAGUCCGGAUCAGCUGUAGAUUAUAGUUGGAUUAGGUAUCUUCUGUUAUUAUUGAUCACAUACGCGAACAACUAUCUCUAUGACGUACGAUCUAUCUGAAACGGAAAUAUCUUUUAACCUUAGUCUUUGGUGCAUAAACUCUCUCUCUCUCUCUCUCUCUCUCUCUCUCUCUCUCUCUCUCUCUCUGAUAUUCUCUCUCUGUAAGCUAAACCUUUAAAAAAGCUUCCAAAUUGAUUUGGUGUAUCAUAAAUAUUCUAUGAUAUUCAAUUACAUUAUGCACAUGAUAAUAAGCACUAAAGGUUAAAAACACAAUCGCUAUGUAGAGGUUUUUCUAUUGAUCAAAUUAAAGAUAAUUAAUGACUUCUACAUGCUCCUCAACAAUUCUAAAGAAUCCUAAAGGGUAAUUCCUUCAGCUGGAAUUUAAAAGCAUUCGGUCCACAAAUAACUACAAUGUAUGUAAAGGAAACUUGCACUAUUAUAGUAAUGUACUAUGAUCAAUUAUGUACAUAUAUGUAAUAUGAAGUUAUAUUGGUUUUCCUUCAGUUUCAUUUCAUCCUUAAUCCUACGGUCAAUAAAAAAAUUUAAUAUUUGGAUAUAAUUGAUAAGCAGAGUGGCAGUUUACAUAAGAAAGCUAUUGAUGCUAAGAUUUUUAGGAAGAAAACAACACUGUGUAUGUUAUCAUUGUAUUCACAGUUCUCUCGCAGGUGCUGUCCAUGUUGAAUUAUAAAUAAACCUCUUGUAUCAUAUACAUGGUUGUGAUAGAAUGAAUAAUUGAACUUUAAGUAAGUUUUUAAAUCAUCAAUCAUAUGUUAUUCAUUACUUGUUGUCAAGAUAACAAAUACAUGUAAUGAUAAUAAAAACUGCGAAGAAAAAAUCC